UGUAAAUUGACAGCGUGGAACUCGCUGUGGCAGAAACAAAACACGUAAGAAGUUAUUCAGUGAAUCCGGUGUGGAAUGUGGCGAACACUGCCGAAUUUGUACUGAUGGCCACGUACACGCCGCAUCUGACAAUCAACCCAGUGCGAAUUGUGUUCAUCGACCAGCAUAAUCGGUCAUUCCGUUAUUGGGUGAGCUUAGGCCGUAACAAACAUCUGUUUGGGCGCUAACCUCCAAGUGAGGUGACACCUCUCAAACAAAUGCUUGCUGCCGCGGCGAGACCGACGCCGAAGUCGAAGAGUGCACGCGGCUCUUGCCCUCGGCGAGCGAACGUGCAGACGCUGCAGAGGUGAUGGCCGGCCGAGUGGUGGCAGGCGGUGGUCGGAGAAUGCACCGCGCGCCGCCAGCGUUCACCUUUCACGAAAACCGCGCGCUCCACGCGCCGCAUUCCAAUCGCGUCGCGCGCCGCGAAACCAUCCCGAACCAAAUUCAAAUCACCGCCAUCCGCAACACAACCAUCGUACCCGCAACGUACACGUAAGCCUAGCGAAAACAAAAGUUCGAAAAGUACAAACAAUAUGGCUGCGCUCCGUGGACUGGAAGCCAACGCACGCCGGCUGCUAAAAUCAUCUGGUCAGGAACACCUGCUGGAUUUCCUCAGCGAUGAUCCGCAUGAACGCGAAACCUACCUCAAGGAAUUACUCACCAUAGACUACGAAGAGAUGCGCGAGCUGUUCCAACGUGCGACUGAGAACAGCGGUGCGCAGGUCCAGAAGUUGGACGACCUCAUGCGCCCAUUGGCUGAAGAUCAAAUCGAGGCGGAGGUGAGGGCGGAUCCAGGGCGUCUCGAAGAAUAUCGCACUCGCGGAUUGGAGGAGAUCUCAAAGGGGCACGUCGGUGUUAUUCUCAUGGCAGGCGGACAGGGCAGUCGCCUUGGUGUCUCUUAUCCUAAAGGAAUGUAUGACGUUGGUCUUCAGAGUAAGAAAACCUUAUUUCAAUUGCAGGCAGAACGCAUUCUAAAGGUUCAACAACUUGCCGCUCAGCGCCACGGAAGACAUGGUGCCAUCAUUUGGUACAUCAUGACAUCAGCGCCAACUUACGACGAAACCUUAAACUUCCUAAAAUCGAACAAGUACUUCGGAUUAAAUGAAAAAGACGUCGUCAUUUUCAAACAGGGUUUAUUGCCGUGUUUUAACUUCGAUGGUAAGAUUCUUCUGAGUCGCAAGAAUGAACUAGCACUUGCUCCUGAUGGUAAUGGUGGAAUUUACAAAGCGUUGGAGGUAAACGGCGUUUUAGACGAUUUCCGAAAGCGAGGUGUUCUGUAUUUGCAUUGUCACUCCGUGGAUAAUAUUCUAGUCAAAGUGGCGGAUCCGGUGUUUGUCGGAUACUGCGUGGUGAAGUCCGCCGAUGUGGGCGCGAAGGUAGUCCAGAAGAAUUCGCCUACCGAGUGUGUAGGAGUGCUCUGCUUGGUUGAGAAUAUAGUACAAGUAGUGGAGUACAGCGAAAUCACCGAAAAAACCGCAAAUCUGAAGAACCAAGAUGGCGAACUCACUUUUAACGCUGGCAAUAUAUGCAACCACUUCUUCUCCGCCGAGUUUUUACGACGCAUCGCCAAGUUGCAAAUGCCGCUGCAUGUCGCAAAGAAAAAAAUUCCGCAUGUCAGUAAUUUAGGCGAAUUUGUCAAGCCGACCGAACCAAACGGGAUCAAAAUCGAGAAAUUCGUUUUCGACGUGUUCGCCUUUGCGGAUAAGUUUGUCGCGUGGGAAGUCCCGCGAGAAUCUGAAUUCUCCGCGCUUAAAAACGCCGACAGCGCCGGUAAGGAUUGUCCGGCGACUGCCAAACAGGAUCUGUAUCGUCUGCAUAAAAAUUACCUGCAGCGUGCUGGCGUUGGAGUUGUUGGGGAUGAGGUGGAAAUCCCGCCGAGUGUUUCCUACGGUGGCGAGGGUUUGGAUGCGUGGCGGGGCAAGACUAUUGUCGGCCCUGCGCUGAUUAAAGACUAGUAGUUUUUUUACUGCGCGAAAUUAUACCGUACUUAAAAAUCUUUUAAAUAUACUGUAAUUAUAUCGACGCGGAUCUAGCAAGUAUUUUGAGAUAUUUUGAGAUACAAAGAUGCAAGAUUAUAUAUAAAUAUAUGAGAUAAUUAGAUAAAUUAUUGUGUACAUUGUAUGUUUGUACUGAUAUGAUGCUUGAUUGAUUGCGAUAAAGACAAAUAUAUGCUGUUAUGAUGUUAUGUAUAAGGUUGUAAGAAAUUGUUAUUAUAUUUUAUCACAUUA